UUAUCUUAUCAGUUUAUUACACUUUUCUCUACCCACACAAACCCUAGCCGCUCGAUACCCUUCUCCGUUUUCGAAAAACUUCAGAUCGUUGUCUUUUACUGUUUGGGAAUCUUAGUUUGUGGUCCAAUGGUUCGUUUUUGUGGUGACACUUUGCUUGGUGGUCCCGAGGUUGAAGAAAAAGAUUCUCAUGGUGGAGGAUUUACUGCUGUCAUUUUUACCAAGGGUUUUUUUGUAAGAAACCCUCAGCUACAUUAUUUUGGUGUUGAGGUUGGAGUAUUUAAGGGAUUGGAUCCAGAAAAGUGGUCUUAUUUUGAGGCACUUGGUUAUGCAAAAGACUUGGACAAAGAGUUGGAAAGUAAAAUUGAGAGUGUCAAACUAUAGUGGAAACCAAGCAACAUGGCAUUGGAUAAGUGUCUGAAGAAACUAACACUUGAUGUUCAUGCAUCGGAGCUGGCUAACUUUGCUGUUGAAAACCAAGAAAAUGUUGACAUAUAUGUGGACUACAAUAGCUCAUCUGAUUCAGGUAAUGAGGAGUCUUCAAGGUGUGUGGAGGGUGUUGAACUCUAUGGUGUUGGUGCAAGCAAAUCUGACUACAAAGGGAAAGGGAUUGCUGCUGAGGGUGAAGAUGUUUCAGAAAAUGAGAGUUCAGAUAGUGACCAUAUUGCUGAUGAGGUACACUUUGAUGAUAGUGAAGAGGAAAGGAUGUUUCUUGAAGAUGAUGGAUUUGUAGAGGAAGGGUUAGUAGCUUGUGCUGGUGUGGUGGAGAAUGAUGUACAUCAGAGACAAAGACUUAAUGUCGACCAACAUGAUGACAAUGGUGGACUUGAAGAUGGUUAUGUAACUGAUGACUUAGAUAGUGCUUCUGAUGUAGACAAUGUUGAAGGUGUAAAGCCUAUAUAUCCAAGGUUUAAGGAAGAAGACUUGAACAAGGAUUUUAAGUUCACUAUUGGUAUGGAGUUCUGUUCUCUCAAGCAAUUUAAAGAAGCUUUUCUUGAGCUUAAUGUUCUGAAUGGGAGAGAUAUUAAGCUCAAGACAAAUGACAAAAACAGAUGUAGGGUUAUAUGCAAGAGCUUUGAUACAUGCAACUACUUGGUGUUUGUGAGUAGGGUUGUGAGGACACAUACCUUCAGGGUGAAGACUCUAAUGCAGAAGCAUACAUGUGGGAGGGUGUUUGAGAACAAAAGUGCAACUUCUGGAUGGGUUACUAAGGUCUUGGUGGAAAAGAUUGAAAACUCAGAGACUUUCAACAUAAAUCAAGUUGUAGGUGAGAUUAGGACAAGGUUUUCUACUGGCAUAACUCCUUCAAGGGCAUUCAAGGCUAGGAAGAUGGCAAGAAAAAUAGUGGAUGGUGAUAUUGAGAAACAAUAUUCAAUGAUCUGGUCUUAUAGUGGUGAGUUACAAAGAGCGUGCAACGGGAAUACUUGUAAGUUGCAUUUCGAAAGACCAGUACCAACUUUGUUACCAAGAUUUGGUAGGUUUUAUGUAUGCUUUGAUGGUUGCAAGAGAGCUUUAAAGACCAGUUGCAGGCCUUUCAUAGGGGUUGAUGGUUGUCACUUAAAAAAAAAGUAUGGUGGCCAGUUUUUGAUUGCAGUAGGGAGAGAUCCCAAUGACCAGUAUCUACCAGUGGCUUUUGCAGUUGUAGAAAGUGAAACAAAGGAGACAUGGAACUGGUUUUUGACCUUGCUUUUAGAAGACAUUGGUGAUUCUAGGUGGGCCUUCAUUUCUGACCAAUAGAAGGGAUUACUGCAAACAUUUGAUGAGUUGUGAGGUGGGCUGGAGCACAGAUUUUGCCUAAGGCAUCUGUAUGCAAACUUCAAGAAGAAGUUUGGUGGAGGUACACUAAUUAGGGACUUAAUGAUGGGUGCUGCCAAGGCUACUUAUGUUGAAGCUUGGGAAGAAAAGAUGCAGUUGCUGAAGGAAGCUAAUCCCAAGGCACAUGAAUGGUUAGCUGCUGUUGACAAAAGGGGAUGGUGUAAGCAUGCCUUUUCUUUUCAUACUAAAUGUGAUGUCUUGAUGAACAAUCUCAGUGAGUCAUUUAAUGCAACCAUUUUAUUACCAAGGGAUAAGCCUGUAAUCACCAUGUUUGAGUGGAUUAGAACUUACUUAAUAGGGAGGUUUGCUAUGUUGAAAGAAAAUGUAGGGAAUUAUAGAGGUGAUAUCAUGCCUAAACCUAUGAGAAUACUUGAUAGGGAAAUAGAGAUGAGUGGUAAUUGGUUUGCUACUUAGGCUGGUGGGUUGAAGUUUGAGGUUACACAUAGCCUAAUGUAUGAUAAGUUUGUAGUUGAUAUUGAUAAAAAAACAUGCUCUUACAAUUUCUGGGAAUUGGUUGGGAUCCCUUGUAGGCAUGCUGUUGCAGCUAUUGUGAUGAAGGGUGAUGAUCCUGCACAAUAUGUGCAUAGGUACUAUAGCAAGGUGUAUUAUGAGGAUUGCUAUGCUCAGGUUAUAUCCCCUAUUAAUGGCCAGAAUAAAUGACCUAAAACCGAUUUUGUUGAGGUCUUGCCCCCUAUCUACAAGCGUGGGCCUGGCAGGCCCAAAAAGCUAAGAAGAAGAGAGUCUGAUGAGGAUA